GUUCGUGUCCAAGAUGUGGUCGCAUAUCGUCAUUUGUUUGCUCGUCGGUUACGCCUCUGCCUCGACGAAUCCUGGAUGGAAGGAAAACAGCGAAUACGUCUACAAAAUUCGUGGCAGGACAUUAGCCAGUCUCCAUGAGGUGGCCAACCAGUAUUCGGGAAUUAUAUUUAAAUCAGACUUGAAAAUCCAGCCUAGAUCAGAUGGAAAACUACAAGGACAAAUUUCAAACGCCCAGUACAGCCAAGUUCAUUCGCACUUGGAAGACGGUUGGAACUCCGAAAUCCGAGACGCUGAUGUAAGCUACAAACCCUUACCUGCGUCAAGCCACCCAUUCCAAAUUGAAAUGAAGGACGGCGUCAUCAGAGAUCUCAUUGUUAACAAGGACAUCCCUAACUGGGAAGCUAACGUCAUCAAAAGUGUAGCCAGUCAAUUCCAAUUAAAUACCAACGCUAUUGACCACCUUCCCAGCACGUUAACUGCUUUGCCUGAAGACGAUCAAAAUUCGGCUGUAUUCAAAACUAUGGAAGACACAGUGACGGGUAAAACUGAAACUAUGUACGACAUUCACCCCAUGCCUGAGUAUGUUCUGCAAAGCAAGCCUUGGUUGGCACGCCAUCUUGAAUUAAAGGGAGAGGGAGAGGUGAUAGAGGUUGUAAAGCAUAAGAAUUACAGUAAUCACGAUGAACUUCCUUUGUACCACUACGGAUUUGGUGACUCGAAAGAUUACAAACCUGGAACAAAUUACAUGGGAUAUUUCUUCAUAAGGAACUCCAUCAGCAGAGGUAUCCUGACAGGAAGCUUAAAACGUUACACAGUACAAAACGUUUACACCGUCAACGAAAUCGUUAUGAGUCCCAACUUAAACAAUAAGCAGAAGGGUUCCGUUAUAAGCAUGGUAAAUGUAACUUUAGAAGAAAUAAACUCUAAUGGUCAAGACCUCGGUGAAGUACCUAGCCCCAUACCUCUAGGUAACCUCGUAUACACUUACGUAAAUCCAAAGACAGGUGGUGUUAGUCGAAAGAGGCCUCAUGAAGGUAAUAGCGACAGCGAUGAGAGCAGAUACCAAAGGUCUGCAACCAUGAAAAGAAUCCGUCGUGCCAUUGGAGAUUAUGAUGAUUCUAGAAACUCAUACUCCUCACACUCUUCAAAGUCUUCUUCCAGUUCCUCAGAAGAAGACCACUAUCAAAGGAGUCAGCCACAACUCAGAGAAGCUCCUCACGCACCCUUAUUGCCGUACAGUACAGGAUACAAAGGAAUGUCAAUAAAGCAUGACCCCAACGUAGACAUUAAAAAGAGCGUUCACAAAAUUGCCCAAGACAUUGGAAGCGACAUGCAAAAUCCAGAACAGUUCCUUCGUCAAAAUACUUUAAAUAAAUUCACCACCAUGACCGCCCUUAUUCGUUUAAUGGACCAACAAGAGCUAAAGCAAGUCGCCAUCGAUUUAUACAGCCAAAAUAAGAAUGGGCCUCAACGCGAUACUUGGACAGCUUUCCGCGAUGCAGUUGCUGAAUGUGGUACAGGCCCAGCAUUCCUUACUAUCCAGGACUGGAUUCAAUCUGGUAAAGUCAAAGAAGAAGAAGCUGCUGAAAUCGUGACGACUAUGACCGCUGCCGUUCGCGAACCUACAAGGGACUAUCUGAAGUCUUGGUUCGAUUUUAUUAAGAAACCUAAAGUACAAUCACAAGAAAACCUGUACUACAGCGCACUUUUGUCCUACUCUAACCUCAUCAGGGAAGUUUGCGUCGACAGGAAAGAAGCAAAGGCCCAAUAUCCCGAGAAAAGCUUCGGAAAGUUCUGCACAGACGAAGCAAGGCAAGAUGUGGAAAAAUCAGUAAUCCCUUACUUCACCAAACAACUCCACGAAGCCGUUUCCCAAGCUGACACCUACAAAAUCCACGCUUACAUUCGAGCUCUUGGAAACGUGGGCCACCCGGAAAUUCUUGCUGCAUUUGAACCAUACCUGGAAGGUAAGAAACAAGCCUCGCAAUUCCAAAGGCUUUUGAUGGUCAUGGCUAUGGACAAAUUGACCGAGACCUAUCCUAAGGUAGCCCGCUCCGUUCUUUACAAAAUAUACCAAAACACCGGAGAAUCCCAAAAAGUAAGAGCCGCUUGCGUCUACCAACUGAUGCAUGCCAACCCGCCAGCUGAUAUGCUCCAACGCAUGGCUGCUUACACCAACAUAGACACCCAAGAACAUGUCAACGCUGCUGUCAAAUCUUCUAUCGAAUAUGCUUCUGAACUUGAAGACAAAGAAUAUUACUGGCUACGUUCCUCUGCUGAAGCCGCCAAGCCUCUUCUGACUAAGAAGCAGUACGGCGUACAGCACGGUCAAGUUUACUUCCGCAGUUACAUCACCGAAGAACUUAAAUCAAAAUAUCACCAAAGUUGCCAGUACUUGGGCAGCGAAGAAGAAUUUUAUCCCACAGGUUUAAGGUCUCGCAUCCAUGACAAUUUGGGAGGUCAAAAACGUAAAUUGGCUACUUUUGACGCGAUGGUUUCCAGUAUUGAUGAAAUGAUUCACGUUGUCAAACAUCAAACGUCAGAUUAUCAACAGCAAAGACAAGAACAACAACAGAAAGCGCAGCAACAAGGACAACACAAGUUUUCUAGCUUGUACAUCGCACAAUUAUUGAACAUGAAAGCUGAUGAACGCGAACAAUUCGAGGGCAAUCUUUACACCGAACUACAAGGUGCUUUCUAUAAAUUCUGGCCAUUCGACAACCGCUCUAUGGAAAAACUACCCGAAGAAAUACGUAAAUAUGAGGAAGAAAUCAGGAACAAAAAGGAAUAUCAUUACACCAAAAUCACCAACAGAGAAAUGGCUCUUUCGUUCCCUACUGAGACAGGUUUACCAUUCUUGUUCACUUACGACAUUCCUAGGGCCGUUAAAGUCGAAGGGUACAUCCAGGGUGAAGCAUCUCCUCAGAUAAGCGACGGCGGAAAACUGCAAAAACCUGAUACGAUGAACCUGAAAGUACAACUUGGAUUCACAGUAAAUACAAAGAUCCAAGGUCGCCUUUCCUUCACUACACCAUUCGACGGUCAACAAUACAUUUGCGGUUUCGACAGGAACAUCCAGGUACAUAUUCCACUGCAGAGCAACUUCAAAGUUGACGUGAAGAACGGCCAAAUCGAAGCGGAAAUUGAGAACAAAGAAAUCCAUGAAGGUGCAGCUCUUUUCCACUACAGCACCUGGCCUUACACCUCAAGGGUUGACGUUAAGAAUUUCCAACCUGUUUCGGCGCAACAAAACACUCAUUACAUCCGUCAACAAAAUCUACGCAGUUUCGACCAGGUCUACGGCAAAAAGAAAACUGGAAUCGCCGUAAGAGUUCAAAUCGAACACGAAAGAGAGUUUAUUGACAUCCAGAAGUUACACGACCUUAUGCAUGGUCAUAACGCUGCAACUACUUUAUGGAGGUUGUUGCAAGAGGCUUCCAUCCACUAUGGACAGAUAAACGUACUACUUCAACCAGAACAGUCUUCAGCGCAGAAGUACAUAGUUCGCGCGGGUUACCAAUAUAAAUACAUAACUGAAAAUGAACACAGAAACGCAGUCCAAUCCCCCAACUGGCAUCAACUCUUCAGCAUGCCCACGCCACUGGCUCGCCAAGAAAACCUCAUAGACACAAUUGGUGCUGGUAUUAAAAGCGCAGACGUCUACGUUUGGGACGCCGACAUCGAAUUCCAAGGAAGCAAAAACAUCAAAUACUCCGUAAUGGGCGGUGUUGGAAGGAGCAACGUACAUCCCAAAUCAAGGGCGAUGUUCUAUUACAAGAAGACAUCAGAUGACCAAGAUGAGAAAUCGUACGAAGCGUCGUUAGAAGCCGAAAGCGAAAUCCCCAACACUAACGGUCUCGACUUAAGCGAAUCACUUAGAACCGAACCUAAAGCAGACACCACAAUGCAAGUGAAAUUCGGGGAAUCUCUGAAAUCAGCCACCAAAGCCGAAUUCAAAUUCGAAUGGCGCAGAAGCGAGGAGAGAAAACAGUAUUUGAAAGAACAAACAAUGUACAAGGAAUGCCAACGUGAGAUGAAUGAAGGCAAUUACCAACUCCCUGCUUGUGCCAAUAUGACAAUGACCUCCAACCUGCUUGACCGCGUCAAAAUUGAUGUCCAGUACGAAAAUAUGAAACAAGAAGUAUCAGAUGCCGUUAAAUCAAUAUACGAAGUACUUAAACUUUACCACUAUCCCACACUUGAAGUAGAUAGACAGCACGGUACAGGACAACAGAACCAAAUCCAAUUUGAGGCACGUUUCGACCCUGACUUGAGAGCAGUGAAUAUCUCUGUAAAGGCUAAGGAUCACCACUCAACCAUAAACACCAUCGAAGUUGACAGCUGGGCUCAAAAGGUAUUCGUUGUCCACCCAGUGUUCCAUUUGCCCUCGCGCAUGUUUGGACAUGGAUUAGGACUACACACAUACAGACCUAUCUGCGUUGUGGAUAAAACUUACGUAAGCACGUUCAACAACAAAACGUAUCCCGUGCCCCUUGGGAAUUAUUGGACUCUGUUACUGCAACACGUCCCCAAAGAAGCUCGUCACGGCGACCAGCAGCUUUCCGUCGAAGAACAACUUAUGUAUGAACCCGAGCACUACGCCAUCCUUGCACGUCAGCACCAAGGUUCAGAUCAGCACAAGGAAAUCAAAAUAACCCUCAGUUCACCUGAAACCGAAUACAAAGUUAUCGACAUCACACUAAGCCCAGCUUCUCAACGCGAUUCAAGGGCAGCUAAAGCUAACGUAAAGGUCGACGACCAACAAGUCCAAGUCAACGACGAGCAGAGUUACGACGUGAAGAAGGGAUAUAUCCAAAUCUACGCCUUACCCAACGGGGAAGUAAAAGUUGAAGUGGAGAACGCCUUCUACGCGAUCUACGAUGGCUACCGUGUGAAACUUACAGUCGUCAACGGUAAAUUCCGUGACUCAGUACGUGGCUUAUGCGGCGCUUUCAACGACGAUCCCGCAAGCGACUUCAUGACGUCGGAAAAUUGCAUCGCACGCGACUACCAAGAAUUCGUCAAGAGCUUCGAACUGGAAGGUAGCGAAGGUGAGCAGCAAAGGAAGCAAUUCGCCGGAAGGACAGAACAAUGCGUCCCUAAAGAGGUUCCAUUGUAUGUGAACGUCAUUUCCGAAAAGGAUGCUGGCCAUGGAAAACAUUCGGGCGACUCAGGACGCUCGUCUAAAGGCACUCGAUUCCAAACUCGAUACGUAGAAAACGGCGGGGAGGUGUGCUUCACCAUCAGGCCAGUGCCCGUUUGCAACAGCAGGAGUCAGCAACGCGGUGCCGUGAGGAAGAGCGUACCAGUCCAUUGCGUGCAGAAGAGCAACGUAGCACAGUUGUGGAUAAACCAAAUAAACAGGGGAGCCAGCCCGGAUUUCAGCCACAAGAAAGAAAGUAAGACUGUACAGAUAGAGCUACCGCAAAGCUGCUCCCAAUAGGUUUAUUCGUGACGACUGCGACCCAUGUAGAUAUACGAGUAGUUUUAAUUUUCCAUUUACGAGCAUCCCAAAAAUGUAAAAAAAAAUAAAGAAAAUGAAAUAAA